CAAGCAAAGAGAUGCACGGACGGAGAUAGAGUGGGAGAUCGUGCGAGAAAAUAGAGAAGAAAGCAUCGAGGAUGCCAGAAUACUGUGUGACCGGGGGGACUGGCUUCAUAGCCGCUUACCUCGUCAAAGAACUGCUGGCCAGUGGCCACAGCGUUCGGGCCACCGUCAGAGAUCCAGGGGAUGAGGCCAAGGUCGGGUUUCUAUGGAGCUUGGAUGGAGCCAAGGAGAGGCUCAGCUUGGUGAAGGCUGAUCUAUUGGUGGAGGGAAGUUUUGAUGAGGCCGUGAACGGUGUUGAUGGAGUCUUCCACACGGCGUGCCCUGUUUUUGUUUCCAGUGACCAAGACAUCCAGGUAGAUCCAGAUGGUCGUGCCUCUUCUCGGACACCAAGUAGCCCUUGUCAUCAAUGAUUGUUUAUCGGGCUGUCAGCGUCCAAUUUAUGUAGACUUUUCGAAUUAUUGUAGAUCUAAAAUGGAAAAGUUAAUUAACCCGGCCAUUAAAGGCACAGCAAACGUGCUCAAAUCCUGCUCCAAAGCGAGCUCCGUGCGCCGUGUUGUGCUCACCUCUUCAUGCUCUUCCAUCAGGUAUCGAGAUGAUGCGACUCAGGCUUCCCCACUCAAUGAGUCAAGCUGGAGUGACAUAGACUACUGCAAGAGAUACAGCAUUAAACAGCAUCAUUUCAUCACUCGUAUUGGAUUAUUAGAUACAUAUAUAUUUGAAUGGCAGUUGUGGUAUGCUUAUGCAAAGACGCUUGCUGAGAAAGAGGCCUGGCGACUAUCGAAAGAUUUUCGAAUCGAUCUUGUGGUUGUGAACCCCUCUUUUGUUGUUGGACCAUUGCUCGCACCACAACCCACAAGCACCCUCCAUAUGAUACUCUCAUUGUUGAAAGGAGAACGCCCUGAUUAUCCUAACACGACGGUAGGAUUUGUUCACAUUGAUGAUGUGGUCCUUAGCCACAUUCUGGCAAUGGAGGACAGCAGAGCAUCAGGAAGGCUUGUUUGUUCGAGUAGCGUCGCUCACUGGUCUGAGAUAGUGGAGAUGCUCAGAGCCAAAUAUCCAUACUAUCCAAUCCCCAACAAAUGUGGUGAUCAGAAAGGAGAUAGCAACCCACACAGCAUGGACACCACCAAGAUAAGAGAACUGGGGUUUCCGCCGUUCAAAACUCUUCCCCAGAUGUUUGACGACUGCGUUAAGAGUUUCCAAGAGAAGAAAUUCCUGUGAGGUUAUUGAAAGCCGCCUAUCAUGGGCAUCUUGCACCUAAGAACAGCAAUAUAUGUGGAUGCUAAGACAUUUCUGCAGUAGCAUUAUCAUUAUGAGUUUGGUUUGGUUUGUUUGGAAGAUGAAGUUGUUCACAUAAUAGUAAUAUCCAUUUUUAAUGACCUCCCAGAGUUCAGACAAGGUUUUGGAACAUAAUUUUUUUGGAUCCUUUUUUUUUUUUUUUAUGAUAAAGGAGGCUGCUACAGCAGCCACCUGACUUUUAUUUCAAGAGAAGUAGAGGAAGCAUACAGAGUAGCUAAAGAAACAGAGAUUACAUGGAAGAGGAGUAAAAGCAGAAAAUUCUAGCCAAGAUUACAUGGAUCCUAUGAUCACAUGCUCUGGAAUAUACCGUCAUACCAGGGAUCUCGACGCAAUUCCUUUGUGAAGCCAAAGUUUGAGCGCUCUGCCAAAUCCCAUUUUAAGAUAGGUAAUUCCACGGUGAGCUUUGGGCCAAAUAUUAUAGAGAGAUUGAGGGAAGAUAGAAGUGGGAAGGAAGACUGGUAAGUUUGGGUUGGUGUCAUCUCUAUACCAAUCAGUGGAGAGUUUUCCGUGACCUAGAAGAGUGGUAAGUGUUAAGUCAGUGUAAUGUCUCGAGUCAUUUUCCAAAGAAAAUUUCCAAAUGCUUAUUUUCAUAUUACAUGACGAUUGGAUGGCCGCAGACAUCGGCCAUCUUU